AUGGCAGGCAAGAAGGUCGUUGUGGUUGGACAUGGCCCCAUCGGUCAUGCCUUCAUCGAGAAACUGGCUGAGAGGGAGGCCGGAUUUGAAAUCACAGUGGUUUGCGAGGAGCCUCGUCCAGCAUACAAUCGCGUCAUGCUGACACAGUACUUCUUGGACUGCGAUGGCGACAAGCAUGACCAGAUGAAGUUGUCUUAUUGGAGCGAGGAGGACUUGAAGAGCAAGAAUGUCAAGCUCGUCUAUGGUCGUGCAACCAGUAUUGACCGUGACGGCAAGUCUGUUGCGUACUCCAAUGUCAGCCACGGUGGAAGCUCUGUUGAUGAAGAUGCAGACUCGUUGAAGUACGACAUCCUGGUGCUUUGCACUGGCAGCUUCUGCUUCGUUCCACCAACUCCCGGCUUCGUUUUGCCAGACAAGAAGAACCCCCAGUGGCCAGAUGACCCAGCUUCUCGCCCUGAAGGUGUCUUCGUGUACAGGACGAUUGAAGAUCUUGAAGCACUCAUCGCUGCAGCAAAAAAAUCCAAGCGCGCAGCCGUGAUCGGAGGCGGUCUCUUGGGCCUCGAGGCUGCAAAGGCAGUGUAUGAUCUUGAGAUGGAAAGCCACGUCGUGGAGAUGGCCCCGUACCUCAUGCCUACACAGCUCAACGAGGAAGCUGGGAAAGCGUUGGAGAGGAAGAUAAGCAGCCUAGGCAUCCAUGUGCACAGUGGAGCCAAGAUCCAAGAGGCUGUCCUGGAUGGUGGCAAGGUCAAGGGCUUGAAGUUCAUUCCCAAUGGCGAAAGCGAGCCCAUCAUUUUAGACGUGGACAUGAUUGUAGUCUCUUGCGGAGUUCGCCCUCGAGAUGAACUAGCACGUGGCUGUGGUCUCGAGCUCGGUGGACGAGGCGGCAUCAAGGUGGACUCAAGCUUGUGCUCUACGGACCCUAGCAUCUAUGCUCUGGGAGAGGUUGCGUCGAUUGGGGGCGUGUUUUGCUAUGGUCUAUGGGCUCCGGGAGUUGACCAGGCAGAGGCACUGGUCAAGAACCUCGUUGAUGGUGCAGGCACUGCCAGCUACGAGAAGAGUGACUUGAGCACCAAGCUGAAGCUCUUGGGAGUUGAUGUUGCGUCCUUCGGUUCCGAUGAGAGCUUUUGGUUCAAGCGCAAGUUCGACGGCAAGGACCCAGAGGUUGUGAACUUGGAAUGCAGCAGUCCCCUGGACGGCUCGUACCGUCGGCUGUGCUUCACGAAGGAUGGCAAGAAGCUUGUUGGAGGUGUCCUCGUUGGCGACGCGAAGGAUUAUCCAAAGCUGCUGCAGAUCUGCAAGAAGGGCGACUUGGGCGGCGCUGAUCCUGAAAGCCUGGCUUUCCGCCGACCUCCCCCAGGUCAAGGAGCAGUGGCCAACGAUGGUGGAGACGGCACAGGCAUUGCGGAGGACGAUGUCAUCUGCACUUGUUUGAAUGUCACCAAGGGCGAGGUGGUGAACGCGAUCAAGGACAAGGAUUGCUUGACAGUGCCUCAGAUCAAGAAGUGCACAAAGGCUGGCACGGGCUGUGGAGGUUGCUGCACUCCAGUAGGCGAGGUGCCAAAGGUGCUGUCAGCGACGCUGAAGGCCUUGGGGAAGGAGGUCAAGGCUGGAAUCAGCGAGUGCUUUCCAUACACGCGCCAGGAGCUUUUCAACAUCUUCCGUGUCAAGGAGAUCAAGACCUUCGAAGACGCCAUUCAGAAGGUGGCCGUGGGCGGCAACGGAAGUGAGCUGGACAAGCCGGUGAUCGCUUCCAUUUUGGCCAACCUCUGGAACGACAGCGUGCUGAAGGGCGGUCGCGAUCAAAUUCAGGAUACCAACGAUCGAUUCCUGGCCAACAUUCAGAAAACUGGCACCUACUCGGUGAUCCCGCGCUGCGCCGGUGGUGACAUCACGCCCGAUGAGCUCAUAGCCAUUGGCACCGUCGCCAAGAAGUAUGGGCUUUGGACGAAGGUAACGGGCGCGCAGCGCCUCGGCAUGUAUGGUGCCCCCGUGCACGAGCUUCCCUCCAUCUUCAAGGAACUGGUUGAUGCUGGUUUGGAGUCCGGCCACGCCUAUGGUAAGGCCCUGCGCACGGUGAAGAGCUGCGUGGGGAGCACAUGGUGCCGGUAUGGGCAGCAGGACUCAGUCAGCAUGGCUUGCACCCUGGAGGACCGCUACAAGGGCCUGCGCGCACCUCACAAGAUCAAGAUGGCUGUGUCUGGCUGCCUGCGAGAAUGUGCUGAGGCACAGGGCAAGGAUGUAGGCUGCAUCGCCACGAACUCUGGCUACAACCUUUAUCUCUGUGGCAAUGGCGGAGCCAAGCCUCGCCAUGCACAGCUCUUCGCUUCCUCGAUCGAUGAGGAGACAUGCCUGAAGUACAUCGACCGCUUUCUCAUGUUCUACUGCAGCACAGCAAAGCAUCUGCAGCGCACAGCACCAUGGCUCGAAGAGCUUCCUGGUGGAAUCGAGUACUUGAGGAAGGUCAUCAUUGAUGACUGCCUGGGCAUCUGCGAAGACCUGGAGGGGAUGAUGCGCCGCAAUGUGGACGCAUACAAGUGCGAGUGGAAGGAGGUUGUCUACGACGAGGAGCUGCAGAAGAAGUUCCAGCAGUUUGCGAACACCAAUGAGACCCAAGACACGGAGCAGCUGGAGUACGUCAACAUGCGGAAGCAGCGCCAUCCAGCCACCUACGACUUGCCAGACAUCAAGGGUGCAGCUGCUUUUUCCAAGGAGAAGGCGGAGAAAAUCUGGCAGUGGUACCCUGUCGGGAAGGUUGGUGACUUCCCGCGGGCCGGAGGUCUUGCAAUGAAGCACGGUGACGCUGAGGUGGCGGUCUUCAACUUGUCGCACCGUCAGGAUGAGUCGGAGAAGUGGUUCGCCACCCAGAACUUGUGCCCUUUCAAGCAAGUGCGCGUGAUCUCUCGCGGCUUGGUGGGUGAGCCAGCCAGUGGCGCAAUCACAGUGGCUGAUCCAGUGUACAAGACCGUCUAUGACUUGAGAACGGGAUGUGGCAUCACCAGUCCAGACCUGAACCUCUCCACUUUCCGGACACGUGUGACAGACGGCACGGUGGAAGUGAAGUUGCCAGCGCCGGAGGAGUAUGCUAAGGCCCUCCAGACUGCAUCUCGCAAGGCGGUCGAGGAGGCCGGCGUGAAGGCUGCUAAGGUCAUGGGCAAGUCCAAGCCUUUCGAUGCCAAUGGCAAGCAUGUCGCCCUUGACUGGUGA